CAGUCUUCUUAUGGUUGAAUAGCUUGUACAAUCAGCUCCACAUUAUUCGAUACUAAUGUCUAUUACAAUGAAAUUCGUAUUUGUAUUUGUAAUUGGUUGUACUGUCCUUAAUUUAAUUGAAUGCAACCCAGUAGAGGUAGUGUCUCUAACAAAUAAAAGAGAUGACUCUGGUCAAUUCUUAUCACGAUAUAAGUUGGAUGAUGGUACUGGAGAAGAGAAGAUGGGUAAACUAUUGUCAAACAACAAUGGAGAGGAUGCUAUUCUUGUUCAACGGGGUUCAUAUACUACAAAUGUCGAUGGGCGACUUAUCACAUAUAAUUGGAUAGCUGACACAAGAGGUUUCAGGAUAUCAAAAGCCUAAUAUACAAUAAAUACACAAUUUUUAUAAGUUUUCAAUACAGUAUUAAUUAUUAUACUCGUGUAAUUGACUUACAUUAAAAUUAUCUACUCAUCUAUUUUGAAUAAAAAAUAUUGACUGUUUCUUCACACCGUUUACA